AUGUCAACGCAGCUCUCAUUUGUGACGCUCGACGUCUUUACCUCGACGCGGUACACGGGCAACCCGCUCGCCCUGGUCAAGGUUCCGCAGCAUGUCGCGCUUUCGCAGAGCCAGAAGCAACGUAUCGCCCGGGAAUUCAACCUCUCGGAGACGGUCUUUCUGCACGAACCGACGACGCAGGCGGACGUGGACGACAAUGACAACCCGCAGACCGCGCGCGUCGACAUCUUCACCGCCCAGGCCGAGCUGCCCUUCGCCGGCCACCCCACGGUCGGGGCGGCGAACUACCUCCUCCGGCUCCUGGGCGGAGACGACAACCUGGCGGCGAGCAAGCGCGUGACAGCCCUGCAGACGAAGGCGGGGCGUAUCCCCAUCUCCUUGAACCCUGCUGGGGACGGGUGCCAGAUCUCCGUCGCGCACAACCUGCACGUCCACGCCUCGCCCUACGGGGGGAAACCAUUCGGCCACUACCCCGUAGUCAGCAUAGUCAAGGGCAUGACCUUCAUCCUGGCCCAGCUGCCCGACCUCGCCGCCUUGGCCACCACCGCGACGGAGAACCUGAUUGGCGCGGACGCAACGUACACGUCGUCCGCACGGGACCUCGACGUCGGCUGGCGCGAGGGCAUGGUGGUGACGUACUUCUUCGUCGACCAGGCCGACCAGUCCGGUCCGCAUCUCUCAGGCGGCGGCGCCCGAACCAUACGCACCCGCUGUUUCGCAGAGCGCGAGGAUCCCGCCACAGGCAGCGCCGCCUGCGCAUUGGCCUCGUACCUGUCCCUCCAGACGGGCAAGGCCGGUCGGUACCGCUAUGCGAUUGUGCAGGGCGUGGAGAUGGGCCAGCGGAGCGAGCUUUACGUCGAAAUCGCCGUCAAAGAUGCAGCGGGUGAUGGCGACGGGCGGCUGGAGAUCGAAGAGGUCCUCUUGAGCGGGAGUGCUGUGCAAGUCAUGCAGGGGACGUUGGAGAUUCCCGCGCCAGAGGAGGCCUGA